AGUCCAAAGGGGUUUUUUGAGAGACACCAUUAAUUAUGGCUUGGUCAAAUACUGAAUACUUUGCGGCCCGACCUCGAUGUUCUUAUCUUUCGAGUAAUUGAUUUUUCUGAAACAAAAUAAAUUGGUUUCAAGACCAUCAAAUAACAGUUUUGCAUGACGUUUUAGACGGACGGUUUCUUGGCUUGUAAAAUCUUCAACGCGAGAGAAAAUUUUUAAAAAUACAUUGUUUAUUUCUUAUUUUUCUUCUGAGGCUGGGAAUGUUCUUUCGCUAUAUUCAUUGUUCCUGGCAAAUCGGGCUACGGUGUUCUUAUUUAGUGGGUUCUCAUGAAAAACAGUGUCAGCGAGUGGGGAGCGAGUGUCCCCUAUUUCUAUGCUCCUCCCCCUGACCAGUUUCUACUGUUCGCGGUCUUUUGUGAGUGUUUCUAUUUUGUAAUCAACAUGAUUUGGGAGGUAGAUACAACAUGGCGGAGAGAGUACGCACUUCAGAGAAGAUAAAGUUCUUGGAGCAGUUCGGUGGCUAUAAUGGAACAGUGGAAGAAUUAAGAGAAACUGAAUUCAGUAGACUUACUGGUGUUUAUCUAGACAAUAUUGGUGCAACAUUGUAUUCAAAGAGCCAAAUAGAAAAUCAUCUUUCUGAUUUGAACAACAAUUUAUUUGGAAAUCCUCAUAGUGGAUCCAGUUGCAGUCAAAGAUCGACAGAUUUAAUCGAAGAAGCACGAAAUAUUGUAGCCAGGCACUUCAACACCACUUUAGAAAAGCAUCAUGUUGUAUUUACUUCAGGGGCCACGGCUGCCUUAAGAAUGGUGGCAGAGAAUUUCAACUGGACUAAAGAAAGCCAUUUUGUGUUCCUUCAAGACAAUCAUACAUCAGUCGUUGGUAUCCGAGAAAUCGCUAGGGAGCAAGGUUCCGAGAUCGUUUGCAUAACUGAAGAAGCACUCAAUUCUAGCAUCAAAGAAAGUUGUUUCAGAGUGCAGAAUGGCUCUGUCGGUGUCGAAAGUGAUGUACAUGAUUCAAACAGUGAUUUGCUCAUUGAAAAUAAGGGACAAAAGCUAGUCGGGGUAAAAGCCAAGGGUAAUGAGGAUUUAGAAGCUCUCAAGUUAGUGCCAGACGAAGUAUAUAGAAGCUCUGAUCAAAUUGAUGAAGAAACUGGUCUUAGGUUCGAGCAGGCAAAGUCUACUUUUGAUGAACAGAACGCAGCUAUCUUAGAUCAACAUGUUAAUAUAAAGUGUGCGAAACACUCUAAGAAUUCAAAACAAGCUCGUGAUAAAUCAAUACAUAGCAAAAUUAAUGCAGUAGAUGACACUCGUCAGGUUGCCAGCCUCUUUGCCUUUCCUGCAAUGAGUAACUUCUGUGGGAGAAAAUAUCCUCUUGAAUGGACAGAUUUAUCAAAACAAGGUGUUUUGUUUCCAUUUUCUAAGCCACAUGGAAGAUGGUAUGUACUACUUGAUGCUGCUUCAUAUGUUGGCACCAAUGAACUCGACUUAUCGAAAAUCAAUGCUGAUUUUGUGCCUAUUUCAUUUUAUAAAAUUUUCGGAUAUCCCACUGGGAUAGGAGCCUUGAUAAUGAGGACUGACGCUGUCGAAUCAUUCAGGCCUAAAUGUUACUACGGAGGAGGAACCGUUUAUUCUACUUUUAGCGCAACUCAUCAUCGGGUAUUCAGAGACGAAGUAUCUGACAGGUACGAAGAUGGCACUAGCUCUUUCCUCAACAUCAUUGCAUUGAAGCAUGGGUUUUACUCGCUGAAAUCGCAUGCUGGCCCAAUGCUGGCAAUUUCAGAUCAUACCUUUGCUUUGACGCAAUACACCUACAAAGAAAUGAAGUCAAUGAGGCAUUUCAGCGGUAUUCAUCUCUGCAAGAUCUAUAGUGACAUGGGCUACGAUAACAUCAAGAGCCAAGGCCCUGUGAUUAACUUCAAUCUCAUCAGUUCAAACGGCGAUUACAUAGGAUACAGUCAGGUGGACAAGCUAGCAUCUCUUUCGAACAUUCAUCUGCGCACAGGUUGUUUUUGCAACACUGGUGACUGCCAAAAGCAUCUUUGCCUAAGCGAUGAUCAGUUGCUUUCGAAUUACAACGCUGGGCACGUGUGUGGAGAUCAGAUGGACAUUAUCGAUGGACUUCCCACUGGCUCUGUCCGCAUUUCAUUCGGAUAUAUGUCAUGUUUUGAAGAUGCUUGGACCUUUCUCAGUUUUCUUAAGGAUUGUUUUCUCGUACCAAUCGGCUCAUCAGAAAUUCAAAGUGAACUUUCUAAUGCAGAAGUUUAUGAAGAUCUCUCUAAAAGUGCUUUUGACGUUCAAGAAGCUCAUAGUGCUUUGACUGGGCAACAGACAAUCAAUUUUGAUGAGCCCCACGAUGUUGUCUGUAACCACCGGUAUGAAGAGCAGAGUCCAUCUGCUGAUGAAACAGAGGAUGCUAGCUGCCAUGCCAAUAUUGAAAACCAAUCGCUUUUGGACCAGUCACCAAAAUGCUUCUUGAAACGAAUAUACGUUUAUCCGGUCAAGUCUUGUGCUGCAUUUGAGGUAUCAAAAUGGACAGUGAGUGAUAGGGGUUUAUUAUACGAUAGAGAAUGGAUGAUAAUCACAGAAUACGGCUCUGUACUUACUCAGAAGAAAGAGCCUCGCAUGGUGUUUAUCAAGCCAGCUAUUGAUAUAAACAAAGGCGUCUUGAUCUUAAGUUGUGAAGGUUAUUCUGACGUAGCAGUACCUCUUGAAAAAAGUGUUUGCAAACCUCUACAAGCGCACGACCGAGAGCAUUGCCUUUCGCGGGUUUGUGGCCAAAGAGUUUCUUGUGACGACUGUGGUGAUGAAGUUGCUGGCUGGCUGGGUCAUGUUCUGGGAGUAUCUUGUAGGCUGGUGAGACAAAACACAGGUCAAAAGCGAUUUUUGAAAAGCAAAUCGAAAGAUAACAAUCAAACAGACAUAUCAAACGAAGAGCACGAGCUUUCACUGUCGAACGAGUCUCAAUACCUUCUUAUAUCGGAAAACAGUUUAUUACAGCUCUUUAACGGGUUUCAAAGAAGCAGAGAAUACUGGAAUUUAUUCGAGCUCGCUGCCUCAUUUCGUGGAAAUUUCUUGGUGUGUGGCAAUAGCUCAUUCGAAGAAGAUACCUGGAAGGAGGUUAAUAUUGGAGUGAUUCGGUUCAAGACAUCAGGAAAGUGCCAGCGAUGUCAAAUGAUAUGCAUUAAUCAGAAAACAGCAAUCAGAAAUCGAGAGCCAUUGGAAACACUCGUGAGAAUGCGUGGAUCUCGGAUGGAGUUUGGUAUAUAUUUGGUCGCGAAGAACGUCAGUAGUGGAGAAUGUGCUAUCCAAGUAGGUGAUGAAGUUUUUGCAGCUCCUCCUUAACAAAUGACAUGUGGUAUCAUAAUUUUAACCUGUGUUUUUAUAGCAUUUUACGUUAAUAUAUUAAUCUUUAGUUUUUUGCUUUGCAUACAAACAUACCUUAACUAAAUGUACGUAAAUAUUGAUUCGGUUCAUUAACUGGAGUCGCUUUUCUAUAAAGCUAGCUUUAGCAAUGUAAACUUGAAUAGAUAGGCAGCUAAGAGCAAUGUAAAUAGGCAGCCUCAAGACAACUCUCAUUUUGCCACAAUAAUAUCAGGUUACGUGAAACUUUUUAUGUUAUCAAAAGUCACACGCAAAUUGAGGAUUGCCUUGUCAAGUCAUGCAUUUAAAGAUCGUAGCUAUUAGCUCUUUGACUAUCUUUCGAUAUGAAAUAUUAAUUAUAAGUUUAUUUUGGGUGUCAAGGUCACUGUUAGGCACAAAGUACAAUCCUUUAUUGUGGUAUCGAGCCUGUUAUGUUCUUAGCUUUAGGUUGUCUCUUAUGAGAACACUUUUGUUAGUUAGCAAAGAUUAAGAUUUUAUGAUGUAUUUUAUCAAUUUUAUUGUAUUUAUCUAAAAGUUUAUGUAUUAGAAUGUUUGUAUCCCUGUUAUUCGAUGCCAUAAAAUGGAUUGAUUGUUCAAAGCCACUUAUAUUGAAAUUUAACUCAUUUUUCUUAGUUAUGUUGUGCUUAACUUAGUUUUUACUGCAAUGUGUUUGUAUGACAAUGUAAAAUUUUUCUAAGCGUAUCGUGUUUUUAUAAGCAUAAAGUACAUGGAUGAAUUAUGCGAAAAUCCUAUAAUUAUUUAUAAUUUGUUUGUUUGAUAGAGUUAGCUGAUUAUAAGAAUAUUGUGAUUUUGAUUGCUAAAGAAUUAUAUCUGUAUCUUUCUGUAUCAAUUUUUAUAUCUAUAAUUAAAUUUUUUUUACUAGGUAUGUAAAUGUAUCAUUGUUUUUAAUUAUUCAAUAAAAAUGUAUAUUUUAUCAAAUAAAUUUGCCUUGAGUUGUUCCAUUUCUUUUUGUCUGAUUUUGUCUGUGAGAUACCCAACUCAAUUUCAACAUCACUUUCCAUACUCAGCACAGCAAAGCCAUUCGGUCGUCAUUCAUAUGGUAAGGCCAUCGUUUCUUGUUAUUAUGACGGACCCACUUUGCUAGCCGGCUCAAGAUCCCUGUUUUUUACUUCAAAGCAACACAUAACUGCUUUCAAAUAUUUUUAUAUUGAAUCUCGGCCCUUUUUGGGCCCUUACAGAAGAAAGCCUUAUCUGGAAUGAUGCGUUAUGGUUCAAUAGUAAAAACACCUUAAUCAUGAGCACCGGCCCCGGGACACUGAACCAAACUAUCGGCGCUACAGAUCUGUAUCUACCAUUUCAGUCCCUGACAGUUUUCACCUUCCUUUCGAUGAUAAUUCAAAGCAAGCCUUGCAAUAUCGUCAAAAUCCGAAUUCUGCAUAAAAAGGUUUGUAUGAUGUUUAACACAAAAAACAACAGAUGAGUUGACCUACAGACCAUUACACCUUUCAUCUCAUUACACCAAUUUUCAAAAAUCUUAGGGCUUGGGCAGUAAUAUUUGAUUUACAUCUUGUUUAACGAUAGCAAUUAAAAUUUUUUGUUUUUGAUUAGCUUUGGUAAAGUUAGAUAUUUUUUUGAUUGUACGAGAUUUUUAGCAAUUAGAUUAAAAUGCUACUUAUAUGAAAAAAACAAAGUUUUACAAAAGACUUUUUCUUAAACAGUAAGCAUCACUGAUUCUAUAUCUGCAUAUAUUUUUUUCAAAAUAAGGACCACAAGUUUUUUAUGAGGGGUUUAUGUCAUAGGAGGUUUUUCGAAAAGAGUCUGGGGAGAGUGACGCAUUCUGGUGUGUUAUUCUAUGAUUCACGGUCACGAAACCCCAACGGGGCCUAGAAAAUGUCCAGCGACCUAAAGUCGGAUGGGAAUUUUCAGAUUCAAGUUUCAUGUCACGAUGAGGAAGUCGUAUCGGAAGUGAGAGAACAAGUUCUGAAGACGGGAACGUUUAAAUGAUGUUACAACCCGAUGAGAAUGACCCAUUUACCACCUUCAUUUUUCAUGUCAAUUUCACUCUAAUACUUUAUUUUUAAUGCUAAUCAAUUGUCACUUUCCGUUCCUCGUACCUUUUCGUCUUGUAACAGUUAAUUGUAGUGUAAUUGUACCAGUCAAGUUUGUUGUUCUGUUUUUUCCCGAAAAUUUGAGACUGGAUUGUUUUUAGUUUGUUCUUAAAGUAUUAGGGUGCAUGCAGUGCAAUUGCUUGCUAGUGUACGCGAAAUUUACAUCGAAUGUCCAAAAGCAUGACCAAAGUUUUUUCCACUGGAAAUCAACCAACCUUCUGUACAGCCCGGGGACACUCAUAGUAGUAAAUAUUAUGAGAACAGGUUUAUUUUGGCAUGCGUUAAUGGGUUAGGGUGUUUUUUGGAAAAUAUAUUUAUGCCACAGUGUCAGUGUGCAAAAAUGAUAAUUUGCACACCCCUGUCAUUUUCCUAGUCAAGUGCCCUCUCUGGGCUGUACAGCCAGGUACAUAAACAAGUGGCUAAGUUUAGAGGGUCGUGGAAGGAUGAAAAUUCAACUUUACCUGAGGAAUUUUUCUUUCAACUUGAUAAUCUACUGUACCUUCUAAAUUAAUUUUUGGAAAUAGCCUUAUUCCAGAUUUCUAGUUCCUAUAUAAUUACCAACAUUUUACUCGUAAUAAUUAGUCUUAAGCAUAAAAGCACUAAAGAAGGUAAAGGAGACCUCUAAAUUUUGAUUAACGUAACAAAAACAUCAAAGCCAUUCCAAUAUUAGAUCUUGGAUAUAUUUAAUGGCAAAAAGUGAUAUUCUUUCAAGUCAAUUCUGUUCUUUUUUCCUUUGCUAGUCUUAAGGCUAUUUGCUGCAGAUCAGUUUUAUACAAAAUAUCUUUUUCACAAUAUAGAAGCAUCAAGGAAUUGGUCAUUUAAUCUUUUGUUCUUGAUCGAGGAAAACUAAAUGUCCUUUGUUCUUUGCAACUGGAAAGGGUGAUCUGAGGGCAAGUGC